AUGGAGAUAUUAAGGAGCGAAUCAGUGGCGUGUCCUGUGGAUAAGCAGUGCUGGCAAUGGACAUUAAACUACAUGGGGUAUUGCGUUUGCAGCCAGAGAGAAAAGCUUUCACUUGUUUUCGGGAUGAUUGGUGUGGUGUCUUGGGGCCUGGCUGAGCUACCACAAAUUAUCACCAGUUACAAGAAGAAGUCCUCUGAGGGGCUCUCGAUCUUCUUUCUCGUGGCGUGGAUAGUUGGAGAUAUUUUCAAUGUUCUUGGCUGCAUGCUGGAGCCUGAAACGCUUCCAACGCAAUACUACACUGCAGUGUUAUAUCUACUCACGGCUCUCCUUCUUUUUAUACAAAGUCUAUAUUAUCGCUACAUUUAUCCAAAACUGAAGUUCAACAGAAGGCUGCAGGAGUCUGUAGAACACUACAUGGAUUUGAAUGCUGAAGAGGUCAGGAUCAAAGGAUUGCAGCCAGAUUCGAGCUCUCUCCCUAGCAGUGAAGAAUCAUAUUACUUGUCAGUGCCCAUGCCUGCAAAAUCUUUUCCAGAGAUUCAGAAACCAACUGUUGAAUGUUUCCCUGCUCUGAGAAGUUCAGAUUUAGAUAAUUCUCUCGAAACACCAUUGCUCAGUAAUGUUAGGUCGACUAAAUCUGUUUUUCUGCAGAAAAUCAAAACCACACUGUGUGUGGUUUUGUUUGUGUCAUUCAUCCUCCUCACUUGCAACAAUGGACUAGCUGCGAGUGGAGAAGGACACGUUCGAGGGAAGGUCUUCCAAGCCGGAAGAAAACUUUUAGAGUCAACUACCUCCACUGCACCCGAAGCUCCUGGUUCAGAGAGCCGUGUGAUUGGAACACUACUUGGUUGGGGAAUGGCAGCUAUUUACUUGGGCGGACGUCCUCCCCAAAUUUACCUGAAUAUUAAAAGAGGAAAUGCGGAGGGAGUUAAUCCACUGAUGUUUGUCUUAGCUAUUAUUGGCAAUGGCUCAUAUGUGGCAAGCAUCCUUCUGAGGAGCUUAGACUGGUCGAAAAUAAAGCCGAAUCUUCCAUGGCUGGUGGAGUCCAGCGGAUGUAUGUUUCUUGAUUGCUUCAUUGUUCUUCAGUUUCUAUACUUCCGGUACACAUCACUGCAAGCUGCUGGCAAAUAUGUGUUUUGACUACGAUCACUGAUGAACAUCAAUGAAUGCUGACACUCGUGGAGGCUGGUGGUCUGCUGCAAAUUGCAACGGCUGAGUUGCUUCUUCACCUUCGGCUCAAGCUUUAAUUUUGCUCAUUAAUUUAUUUUCCAGAGUUAGAACUCAUCAUGGAUUUUGAGACAUCUCUUGCCAUGGAAUUGGUUGUUUUUGCUCGAAACCUUUCUUUAUCGUUCAUAUUCUUGAUAUUUUAUGAUUCUUUCCAUUUCUAAUGGCGUCAAAAGAUUUAGGGAUCGAAGGUUGCGAUCUGU